GGUUUUGUUUUUGAAGCAUGCUUUCUCUUGCCUCAGAGGAACCACUGCUGUUGGCUGAACUCAAGCCUGGGCGCCCCCACCAGUUUGAUUGGAAGUCGAGCUGUGAAACCUGGAGUGUCGCCUUCUCACCCGAUGGCUCCUGGUUCGCUUGGUCUCAAGGACACUGCAUUGUUAAGCUGAUCCCCUGGCCUCUGGAGGAGCAAUUCAUCCCUAAAGGGUUUGAAGCCAAAAGUCGAAGCAGCAAAAGUGACACCAAAGGUCGAGGGAGCCCAAAGGAGAAGACACUGGACUGUGGUCAGAUUGUCUGGGGUUUGGCCUUCAGUCCUUGGCCUUCUCCACCCAGCAGGAAGCUCUGGGCACGCCACCAUCCCCAAGUGUCAGAUAUCUCUUGUCUAAUCCUUGCCACAGGACUCAAUGAUGGGCAGAUCAAGAUUUGGGAGGUGCAGACAGGGCUCCUGCUUUUAAAUCUUUCUGGCCACCAAGAUGUUGUGAGAGAUCUGAGCUUCACACCCAGUGGCAGUUUGAUUUUGGUCUCUGCAUCACGGGAUAAGACUCUUCGCAUCUGGGACCUGAAUAAACAUGGUAAACAGAUACAGGUGUUAUCAGGCCACCUGCAGUGGGUUUACUGCUGCUCCAUCUCCCCGGACUGCAGCAUGCUGUGCUCUGCUGCUGGAGAGAAGUCGGUCUUUCUAUGGAGCAUGCGGUCCUACACGUUAAUACGGAAGUUAGAGGGCCACCAAAGCAGUGUUGUCUCUUGUGACUUCUCCCCUGACUCUGCCUUGCUUGUUACAGCUUCUUAUGACACCAACGUGAUUAUGUGGGACCCCUACACUGGUGAAAGGCUGAGGUCACUCCACCACACCCAGCUUGACCCCACCAUGGAUGACAGUGAUGUCCACAUGAGCUCACUGAGAUCUGUGUGCUUCUCUCCCGAAGGCUUGUACCUCGCUACAGUGGCAGAUGACAGGCUCCUCAGGAUCUGGGCCCUGGAACUGAAGGCUCCAAUUGCAUUUGCUCCCAUGACCAAUGGUCUUUGCUGCACAUUUUUUCCACAUGGUGGAGUUAUUGCCACAGGGACAAGAGAUGGCCAUGUCCAGUUCUGGACUGCCCCUAGAGUCCUGUCCUCAUUGAAGCACUUAUGCCGGAAAGCCCUUCGAAGUUUCCUGACAACCUACCAAGUCCUAGCACUGCCAAUCCCCAAGAAAAUGAAAGAGUUCCUCACAUACAGGACUUUUUAAGCAAUGCUACACAUCUUUUCUCUGUGGCAGAGUAAAUCCUCCUGGCAAAGGAAUAGUUGGAAGAAUGAGCCAAACAUCGGGUCCAGAGUGAAACACUUUCUUUGGGGUCGUGAACCGAAUGUAGAAGCCCCAUCCCAGUGGGCUCGCCAUCUACCUUUUCCCCUGUGGCACGUGCAAGGCAGUUUCAGAGGAGGUUCCUCUUCACCCGUGACAGAGCCUUACCGUAAAUCUUUGGUCCACUUGUAAACAGCAGAUGUUGAACUUGUAGUUGUUUGGAUUCAGAGUGCAGUUAUUGAUGUUUUGAUAAGUAAGCAGGCCUCCAGAGGCUCUUAGUGGUGGCAAAGCUCACAUUCCGUCAGCUGGGAAAUGUGACAGCCACGUAGCAUAGUACCCAUCACCCAUUUCAGGUGCAGUGGUAGCAUGAUCUAAAGUUCCCUCCCUCCUGCCGUGGUCAGGGAAGCUUUGAUGUUGGCAGGUGCCUCCCUCGGGCUCCCUUCUGACCAGCAGGGCCAUGUUUUCAAGGAGCCUUUUGGUAUAAGGUGUUCGCUAAAUCGUAGAUGAAACAGGCUGUGUGCUCCUGAACAAUACAGACACUACUAUUGGCUGUUCCUUGUUGUUAAACAGUGGUGUGCAUGUGCAGAUGACAAACUUGUAUGUGAGAUUAUAUGAGGAUAUGAUCCUGAACUGCAUGACUGUUGGAAUGGCCACCGAGUUGUCCAUUGUUGGCCAUUUAUUAGCAUCAUAUUUAUUUGUUUUUUCACAGAUACUGUAUUAAGGUACAACUGUGUUUUCACAAUGGUAUCUAAAGACCAGCAUACUUCAGUGAACCAGUUGUAAGAUGUAUCCUAGCUGUGUGAAGAACUGCUGUUGUCACCACUUCGCCUCGUAUUCUUAUGUACAGUCUGUCUUUGCUGCUUGACCUCAUCGGACUCAUCAGCCAGUCUCAACUCUACACCUAAACAAAAAUAGCUCCUUAAAAGUACUGUUCUCCUUCAGUGGCACGCGGUUAUCUCCUCAAGACACCUCAUUCAGACAAAACCCUGCCUUAGGAAAAUUUAAUAUAUUUUAAAUUAUUUUAAAAGAAAUGCAACAUCUUAUUCUUUGGCUUUCUUAAUGCUUUGUGGAGGCAGUGUAACAUACAACUUGUGGAGGGUAGAGGGAUCUCUUCUACUUUUUGUUGCUUGAUGAGAACAUUUCAAAAUGAGGCGUUCAUUGAAGGAAAAAAAAAAACACCACCAAACAAA